AUGUAUGAUCAAGGCAUAAUCCAUUAUCAUAGAUACAUUAUCACUGAUUGUGCUAGUCUUGAGUCUAUUAAUUAUUGUCCUGAACAUCAAUACAGUGGAGUACUCUGCAGUAAUCCAGAUGCUACUGCAGCUGUUAAUGGAGAUACGGCUUUAUUUAGUUUCCUGUCCGCCAGCAAUUUAGGAUUGCUGCUAAUCUAUUACAAUGGUAGUUAUGGUACUGUCUGUGAUGAUGAAUUCUCAAUAAAUGAAGUUCAAGUGUUGUGCACUGAGCUGGGAUAUAGCCCUGAUAAUGGAAUUGCAGUUUCAAGUGAGAAGUUUGUCUUCAUUCAAGAUGAAUUCCAAGUCUAUCUUGAUACCGUGCGUUGCCGUAGCUACAUAGACACGACCAUUGGUCGCUGCCUAAACGACGGGUUUCGUUCAACAAACUGUGACACCAUUGAAUCAGUUGGAAUCAUAUGCCAAGUUCAAGGUGGUUCCUGUAAGAAUGGUGACGUUAGGUUAAUGGGCGGGACAAGAGCAGCUGGUCGUGUGGAGUUGUGUAUUGGAGGACAAUGGGGGACCAUUUGUAAUAAAGGAUGGAAUGAUAAGUCCGCUAAUAAAGUCUGUAACCAGCUGGGGUAUAAGAAAGGAAUACCCUCACUUGCUGGUCAGUUUCCAGCUGGUGUUGGUCCUAUCUGGGGUUCUGAGAUCAACUGUACUACACUAGCGUCACUCCUAGGCAGUGAUCUUGACCCACCUGGUCUUCUUGACUGCUUGUGGCCACUACCAAUAGGAUCAACUCCUAACUGUACCCAUUCUAAUGAUGCUGGGGUAAUAUGUACUAACGAUACAUCAGCCCCUCCCAUUGACACCAGGUGCAUUGAUAAGAGCGAGAGGUUGUUCCUCUUCAACGGUACUAACCCGUCAAGUGGUCGUAUUGGUAUCUGUGGAUCGGAUGGGCAGCUGCACAAUAUCUGUGACUUUAUGUUCAGUGAUCAGGCAGCUACUGUGAUCUGUAGGGAAUUGGGACUGAAAACACCAGGAUAUGCAGUUCAUGGCCUGUUCUUUGGCACUAGUAGUACCACUCCGUUAUACACUAACAGCAGGUGCAGUGGAGAAGAGACAGCAUACAGUGAAUGCAAUAGACUAAUGACAAGCAGAUGUAUACCUGGUAGAGGAGAUGUAGGGAUAGUCUGUAGCAGUGAUUCUAGUGGCAUCUGCUCAAAUGGUCAAGUUAUUUUGUUACCAUCCUCCAACAGUUCGGAGAAAGUAUACAAGAAAGUUGGUGUUUGCUUCGGAAACUUUUGGGGAUAUAUUUGUCCGGAGGGCUGGGACAAUAACGACGCUAAAGUAAUCUGUAGGCAAUUGGGACUCUCUUUAACAUGGACAGGAGGUAAAGGAAUUGACGCUGAAUAUGAGAAUUUUAACGACCGGUUGUGGAUGAAUGAGGUUCAGUGUACUGGGAAUGAGACUAGAUUGCUGGAGUGUGGUAGGAGGAGAUUAGGGACAUUGAGGUCAAAUUGUGACGAUGGUGGAUUUGCAGCUGUAGCCUGUCUUAGAGAAAUGCCCUGUACUAAUGGUCAGUUUCGUCUAGUUCCAGCUGCUCCUGCUAAUACAACCCAACAGCUGGUAACUAAGGGAAGGCUGGAGUAUUGUAUAGAUCAGUCCUGGGCUAGUGUAUGUAGGCGUGGUAAUUACGCUGACAAAUUAAACAUUAUUUGUCGUAAAAUGAAUAUUUUUAGUACGGCAGCUCCUCGUUUAUUACUAGUCCCUGAUAUCACAGCUGCUACUGAUAAUAUUGUGACAAUUAGUAUCAACUGUACUCCGCCCACUCAAGAUAAUUGCACUGUCAUUGUUGACGAUAGGGCGGAGUCUUCCUGUUCCCAUAGCGAUGACAUUGGGAUUGAUUGUAAUCCUAGCAUUGAACCGACAGCUGGAGGGGGAGGAGGACAGCGAAAUUAUGUUUUAUUGAUUGCUAGUGUCACUACAGCUGGUGGUCUGUUCCUAACAGUUACACUGAUAUUGCUAAUUAUUAUAAUAAUUGCUUGUGUUGUCGUCAGAGUUAAAAAUAAAAAGAAAAUGGAUUUAUACAAUCAAACCUAUGAUCGGAGACCAUCUGGUGAUAAAUGGUAA